AUGGGCUCCUUCACACUUGAUAGAACUAUAUUCAAUUCCGAAUUGUAUGAUCGAGUUCGAGACAUUUGGUUCGAGGGACAUCCACUUGAUGCUAAAGAAGUCAGCAUCCCAGUAUUGCGACGAUGGUUCAUGGGCACCCCCGAAGAGAAAGUCGAAUUUGACAGCAUAUGCCGUGAGAAUUUCAAACAUGCUUUGGAGGUCAUUGGUCCUGAGAAGUUCCCAAGCCCAACGGCGGAGCCUUUCUUACGUCAAAUCGAGGAAGUUGUCCAAAAUGAUACAACCCCUGAUGGAUCGAAGGCUGCGUGGACGACACUCAGCAUGGUACUACUCCUCGAUCAAAUGACUCGCAAUAUAUUCCGCGACAAAAGUGGCCUCGCGAAGGUCUAUAGUCAUUACGACCAAAUAGCGUAUUCGUUGAUCCUUCACCUCCUGUCCUCUGACAGUCCAAUUCAGAGACCGGAUCUCCAUCCGCAAUGGCGAGUGUCCGUUGCGCAUAGACAGUGGUUCUUCCUUCCCUUGAUCCAUUCCGAGAACAUUGAAGCACACAACAAGGCAUCGGAGAUUAUGGCAAAACUCAAAGAAGAUAUCGAGAGUGAGGGGGUCGAACGACAGAGUCAAUUUUUAGAGCAAGGUCUGAAAGCGGAAAGAGAGCACAGGGAAAUCCUGGACAGAUUUGGUCGAUACCCACAUCGUAACCUCGCCCUCGGGCGAAAAUCCACAGCUGAGGAGGAACGAUUUCUUGCAGAAGGCGGCGCCACCUUUGGUGUUGCUCAAGCAAAAAAAUAG